CGCUCGUGUGGCUCAGGGGAAGGCUGUGCCAUCGGCAAGAGCUCCGGUGCCGAGCUGUCAUUGUCUCUCCGAACCAAUGCGAACUGGCCGCACGGCCUCCGUCCGGUUUGUCUCUUGCUGCGGGUAAUCCAUCAGCUCAAGUGUCUCUUUCCCGUCCCUGCCGACUGUCUCCGCCACAAACACGACCCCCAGAGGUCGGUCUGUGCCGUUGUCGAAGAGCCGUGAAAGAGAGGUUGUUGCCGUCUCGUCGGUCUCGUCGCUGGCGUGAAGCGGAAAGACGCUUUGUGACAGGAGCGCAAGGGCCGACAGGAGAGGCGGCAAAGGGGUGGGGGAUGAAGGCCCGCCGGCAUCCGCUGAAGGGUCAUGCUCUAGCCUCGCAUCGGCGUCGAGACCCGACGUGUGCUUGUGCCUGUGGCUUUUGACAGAUGAAUGCCACAACGCAACCUCUUGGUCCACUUGACGGGCCAGAGCCACCUGCCGUCCUUCAGCGUCAAUAAAGCUCGGCCACACGAUGAUUGGGUGAAUGCCGACCAGCCGUCUCAAGCCAUCCUCGUAGCUCUCGUCGGUGAGUACAGCGUCGCUCUCCCUCUGGACGAAAGCAUGAGCCGCCACGCUCGGAUUGAAGUGAUGAAGACAAUUGGGGUUGCCCAGUCGAUUGAACUCCUGAGCUGGGUUGGCGCAGACGUUCGUGUCUGGGAAGUCGAUUUCCGUCACCGCGGCGAUUUCUUCAUCUUCUUGGAUGAAUGAGCUGCUGGAUCCCGUGGCGGUGAAAAGGCCCCGGGAGUCGCACUUGGCUGAGCGCGGCUGCGGGCCGAAGAGCGUGCGCCGCAGCAUGGCUGACGCAUACAUGUCAAAGGAAGCCCUGCAUCCCACUGCAAGGCAAGGCACCCACAGACAGAGAGCAUCCAAGUCUGUGUGGAUCUUGUGUCUCUGUGUCUGUCUUUGUGUCUGACUGCUCACUGCUGCAUCUGAUAGGCAGCUCGGUCCACCUUCCAUCUCUGCAGUGCAUCUGGCCGACCAGUGACUGGUGCAGAGUGUCGUAGAAUAGGAAGUUGAAGCUUUCGUCCAGCAUGGGGGCGAGCCUCGACGCCCAGUCGCACACCACAAGAUGCACGUCACCAGGCUAACACAAACUCACAGAAGAGACAAGAACAUGCAACAACCACACACUCUUAGCGCAACUCACCUUUCUAGCCAUUAGGUGUUUGUCUUUCUCGGGCAUCGCCAUGGCCUUCAUUCUCAACACAUUGGUGGUGGCGAUGUCCUCCUGGAAUAUCGACUGGAUCACCUGGUAAGGCGACAGAGCACCAAACAUAUCUUCACACGUCGCCUUGGCACACUUGUCAAGAUCAGGCCGCGGGCCAAAAAGCGCGCUCUCCUCCAUGUCCAUCUGCAGCAAUGUCAGCCCUUUCUUCUCAUUCUCCAGCUCUUCAUUGACCAUAGCUUCGAGCUGCUUGCCCUCUUUGCUCUUGGCGUCCACCUCCUUCCUGACCGUCUCGUUAGCCUCUUUCCUGACAUCGGGGGAUUUUGCCUUGAAGGCUUCCGGAGGCUCGGUGAACUUGGAGGCGGUCUUGUUCUCCCUGGCGCUUCUCACGGCGCUGAACUCCGUGUAUGGGUAGCAGAUGUCCUGCUUGUUGAGCGCACCCAGAUUGUGUCGAUAGGCGAUGCACAGAUCUCGAAGGGCCUCAGUGAUGGGAGGGCACACCUCUGGAAGGGAGAGGAAAAAGGCGAAACAUACAUGUGGAUGACAAUAUGAGAUAGAUGCAUGAGUGCUCGCUCGUUUACUCUGGCAUGUGAUGGUUGCGGUUGUCCAUGUGCCAUCCCUGCAGGUGACGAUGCUGAAUUUCUCCUGGGUCAGCUUAUCCAGCUCCACCCCGUCGUUCUCCACAGCCCAGUAACCCAUUCGAUGGCCUUUCAUCUUACCCCCACGAGGCCUGUACCGACAAACGAACGAGGCAAAGCUAGCUAGCGUCAACAACUUUCCUCCUGCGCAUCUAUGUCACUCACCCACCUUUCGGGAUCGCAUGAGACCCUUCUGGUGAUGCCAUGCGGAAGUGUGGGCUCUAGGAGUCCUGCUGCGACCCCCACAUGUUGGGGAAUGUGGGGCCGAAGCACGUAGCCCCGAGCUGCAGCCAUCGGGAAUUCAGCGCACCGACCUGCCAGACAAAAAGACAGACGGCCGAUCCUGAAGGUGGUUUGCUUGGCGUGUCGUGUGUGGGUUUCUCUGCAUAUAUUACGGAAACAUCUCAGCUGCCUUCCAGUCCAGUGUCCAUCGUCACACGCAACGAUGUCGACAGGGUCGAUCUUGUUCCAGUUGAGCUCUAAGUUGUCUACCUCCUCGCCGAUCCACGGCCGAGUGUACUCCUCUGCGUCACCCGACAUGCGCUGAAGGUCCUGCAUACAAAGACACCCACAGCACGAAGGGAGUGAUGCGCAUGUGCGCAGGCCGUGCGUGAGUGAGUCUGCUUGACAUACCGCGGAGUGUGUCUUCAUGCAUUUGAUCCUCCGUUGGCUGGCGUGGUAGACGGUCUCGUCGGGGCUGUACGUCUCCUUGUCCAGCAGCUCGUACCCCCGAUCCUCCGUCAUGUUGAGUGCCACACGCGCGUCGGCACUGCACACCCCUGGUGGUGAGACAGACACACGAAAUCGACGGUUGUGCCUCUGAACGUCUGGUUUGUCUGUGUGCAGCCUCAAUUAUGACGUUUGCAGUUGAGUGGCAUGAGGUUGGUCUUUGCGAUGGAUGGGAUGGUCCAGUUGCCGUCGUAGCAGGUGAAGGUCAUGUAUGCCGAGGGGUUGCCGUCGUGGAAGUACAUGCGGUCG